GCUAAAAAAGUAAAGCAGACAAAACUAUCAGACUUAAUCCGAAGUCCUUUUUUCGGUUCACGACAAUCUGUUUUGCAACUUUGGCUGCUCUUGUAGAUUACACAAUGUCUUCGCAGUUCAACAGAGGUCCAGCAUACGGGUUUUCAGCGGAAGUGAAAAGCAAGAUUGCACAGAAAUAUGACCCGCAGAGAGAGGAAGAGUUACGAAUUUGGGUCGAGGACGUUACUGGGCGCUCAAUUGGAGAUGACUUUCAGAAAGGGUUAAAAAACGGUGUCAUACUCUGCGAGCUCAUAAACAAACUUCGGCCAGGGUCAGUGAAAAAGAUCAACCAAUCAUCGCAAAACUGGCAUCAGCUGGAGAACCUGACCAACUUCAUUAAAGCGAUCACCACAUACGGGCUCAAGCCUCACGAUAUCUUUGAAGCCAAUGAUCUGUUUGAGAAUGGAAACAUGACACAGGUUCAGACCACCCUCCUGGCUCUUGCUGGCAUGGCUAAAACCAAGGGCAUCCACUCAAGUGUAGACAUUGGAGUGAAGUAUGCAGAGAGACAGGAGAGGGCAUUUGAUGAGGAGAAAAUGAAAGCAGGACAAUGUGUCAUUGGAUUACAGAUGGGAACAAAUAAAUGUGCAAGUCAAGCUGGAAUGAAUGCCUAUGGUACCAGAAGACACCUGUAUGAUCCCAAGUCACACAUUCUACCACCAAUGGACCAUUCAACCAUCAGUCUGCAGAUGGGCACCAAUAAGGGUGCUAGCCAAUCUGGUAUGACCGCUCCAGGAACCCGUCGUGCCAUCUACGACCAGAAAUUAGGCACUGACAAGUGUGAUAACUCCACAAUGUCUCUUCAAAUGGGCUUCGCUCAAGGCGCCAACCAGAGCGGGCAGAAUUUCGGGCUUGGCCGUCAGAUCUAUGAUGCCAAAUACUGCCCCAAAGGUGCACCCAGCGCAAGCGGAGAAACUGACACUGGCUACGUGGAUUACCAAGACGAGGGCUACCAGGGUUACCAGGAUGACGGUCAAGAUUACUGAAUCAACCAAUUGCAGGCAAUGAGUCUCAAGAAGCUAAUGGCAAGCAGAUGCUUCCUUGCAAACAAAAGACCCAAAGCAUUCCAUUACACCACCGUGAGCGUGCCAAAUGUUGGAGAGUGGUGAGAGUGACCCAAUAUGAAACAUCACUUAUGUUUUAAAUGUAAACAUGUGUUUUUUUUUUUUUUUUUUUUAAUAAACAUUGUUUUAUUAAUUUAAAGUGAGAGCCCUACACAACAUAUCAGUUAAGUCUUAUAUGUAUUGAUACUUGUAUUUUAUAUGGUUCAAGUGACAGUCAUUUAUUUGCACAGCCACUAUAAUAUUUAGUAUUUGCUUACUGUCGUUUUUAUUUUGUACUUUUUAAUGUUUGGUAAAAAUGCUGAUCUAUACUUUAAUGUUAAACGCAAGUAUGACAGGGGUUAUUUUCACAAUCCCAAAUUUCAUUUUUUUUUUUUUUUUUUUUUCAGUUUUAAUCAAGCUGUUGUGAAGAAAUCUGAUAUUAAGUAUGUAUGAGAAAUAUUAUGUGAGCCUGAUUCAUUAUUUGAACAUGUUCAGGGGUU